UGCUCUAGACAUCUAUUCAGAAUUUGUUCCGUUGUCUUACAAAAAUUACCAUGCAAGCAUCCCGUUUUCAACUUUUACCGUAAGCUUUCAUGUGUUUCUUUUUGUCCUAUAAUAUUGUCUUUUGAACCAUUAGGACCAAGAGAAUUGACAGGUGCUGUGGAUCUUAUAAGUCAUUUCAAAUUACUACCCCACUAUGAGUUUUUCUGCAAGAGGCCUCUCCCUGUUCCUAUUGCGGACACACACUACCUUCACAAUGUUGUAGGAGACACAGAAAUAAGAAAAGGAGAUGGGAUGCAAUUGGAUCAACUUAUUCAGUAUACAUCCUCCUUUAGAGAUACAAAUGCUCGUAUUCAGCCUUUUGACCUAGAUGUUCUCAAGGAGGCUUUUCAACUAAGGGAAACAGCUCCCGUUGACUUGCCCGCUGCGGAGAAAGGGAUUCCUACUAUUUCAGGAAAAUCAAAAAGUGAUAACAAAGACAAGGAGAAGAAGCAUAAAAAGCACAAAGACAAGGACAAAGAUAAGGACAAGGAGCAUAAGAAGCACAAGCAUCGUCAUAAAGACCGAAGCAAAGACAAAGACAAGGACAAGGAUAGGGACAAAAAGAAAGAUAAAAGUGGACAUCGUGAUUCCAGUGCUGAUCACUCAAAGAAACACCAUGAAAAGAAAAGGAAGCAUGAUGGAGAUGAUGAUGUUAAUGAUGUGCACAAACACAAAAGGAGUAAGCACAAGAGCUCAAAAAUUGAUGAAUUGGGAGCAAUUAAGGUCGCUGGCUAAGUGUUGUCAUACUGUAGUUCAUUUCUUUUCCUCAAUUGGUUGUUGUCAUUUGUUAAAAGUUGGAGGGGCCUUCAAUUGACAUUAUCAAAUUUCAUGAGGGUAGCUAGUGAUCUGACUAAAGAUUUCAUGAUGGUGAAUUCACCUGAUGAAGAAAAAGGGUGCAGGUAAAAUUUUAUGAAGACAAUCUUUUUUCUUUUGUACAAUAACAGUUACCUUAUAUAGUUGCCAGUACUCUGCAAAACUUUCCUCUUCCUUUUCCCAGUCUAUUGGAGCACUGGAUAUCUCAACAUGUAUACAUUAUUUUGGUCUUUUAAAGUAUUUUAGUAGUGUUCUUAAUCAAUCUGUAGUUCAAACAAACUAGAGUUUUCAGUCUUUUUGUUUAGGAUAACGAAUUAACUAUGGGGAUUACGUACAUUGAUUGCGUUCCCCCAUAUCAUGUAUCUAAUCUAAUGUUACGUACAUUUGAAUGUUUU